AUGUCGUCAGAACAGCGGAUCUGGCUCAUCAGACAUGCUCAGGGGUUCCAUAACGUCGCAGAAGACUACUCCCUGCUCGACCCAGCUCUCACUCCGUUGGGCAUCAAGCAAGCUUCAAUAUUGCGCACGGAGCCGAGGAUGCAAGAGCUACGGUCCUCAGUACAAGUCAUUGUGUCUUCGCCGCUUCGCAGGACACUGCAGACAGCGCUCGGCUCGCUAGAAGACGUCCUGCAAGAGCGCGCGAUACCUUUUGAGAUCAUACCCGAAUUCCAAGAGUGCAACGAUCUGCCCUGUGAUACGCCGGAUGAUCUCAACAAGCUAAGAGGAGAAUUCGAGCAUCGAGGCAACGGGCUCAGCUUCGAGCACUGCAAGCCUGGCUUCAAUAGCAAGCGAGGCGCCUUUGCAGCAUCGCAAGAAGCUCUCGAUGCUCGCGCUGCUUGGGCGCGUCGCUACCUCCGAAGCCUGGAUCAGGAAACCGUGGCAGUCUUUUGUCACGCCGAUUUCCUGAGACAUAUGCUGCCCAACGACUCGCCACAAUGGGAGAACACCGAGUGUCGGAUCGUGAGGUACACAGGCGCUGCUCUGACGGACAAUGAAGCACAUUUCACCGUUGUCGACACCAUCAAGCCCACCCCGGCAAAACUGCAAGACACAGACGAGCGAGCCAAGACAUCCGGUCAGUAA